UUCUCCAAAUUCCAAAUUUCGUGUUUCAAUUCCAAAAUUAAUCACAUAAUUAUCUAACACGGAAUUUGGAAAGGCAUAUAAACAAACCCCUUUUCCACAGUAAAAAUGGAGAUUGAUAAAGCAAUUCAAGAAAGUAAUGAUCAAAGUUUGAAAACCAAGUAUAAUAGUGCCAUUUUUGUUAUUCAAAGAACUCUGUCUCUUUAUCCCAUUGAAGAGGUUGCAUUUAGCUUCAAUGGAGGAAAGGAUUCAACAGUUUUGUUACACCUUCUUAGAGCUGGAUAUUAUUUGCAUCAAGUCGAUUGUGGUCAUGUGAACGGGGAUCUAUCGAAUUAUGUGUCUAGAUUUCCUUUAAGAACAAUAUAUUUUGAGAGCCCUUCCGUUUUCCCUGAAAUCAAUUCGUUUACAUACGAAACAGCCUCUAACUAUGGUGUGCAAUUAGAUAUCCUUCGCCAAGAUUUCAAGUCUGGUUUGGAGGUGCUGCUAAAGAAUAAACCAACUAGGGCAAUAUUCCUUGGUGUUAGAGUCGGUGAUCCGACUGCGGCGGGUCAAGAAAUUUUCUCUCCAAGCUCACCUGGAUGGCCGGCUUUCAUGAGAGUUAAUCCAAUCUUGGACUGGUCGUACAGAGACGUUUGGGCUUUUCUGUUGACUUGCAAGGUUCAAUACUGUAGUCUCUAUGACCAAGGAUAUACUUCAAUAGGGAGUGUUAAUGACACAACCCCAAACGCAUUGUUAUGCAUCAAUGAUUCUGUGGGCGGCAAGGAAAAAUUUAGGCCUGCAUAUAUGCUUACAGAUGGAAGGUUGGAAAGAGCCGGUAGAGCCAGAAAGUUAUCUCUUCCAAAUGCCAUCAGCAACGAUGUGAAAAGCAGGGAAUCAAACAUCAUUACAGCCUCCAUAGUUGGUGUGGGUGAUGAGUUCCUCUCUGGAAGUGUCAAGGACCAAUUAGGGCCUUCUUUGUGUAGGAAGCUUCAUUCUAUAGGUUGGACGGUUUCACGUAUUGCCGUCAUACAGAGUGAUGUAGAUUCUGUAGCCGACGAAGUCAAAAGGCAGAAGUCUACCAGUGACAUGGUGUUCUUAUAUGGAGGGGUUGGUCUGUUACAUUCAGAUGUUUCCAUUGCUGGAGUUGCCAAAGCAUUUGGUGUUUGUCUGGCUCCAAAUGAAGAAUUUAAACAACAUCUUACGCACCUAUAUGGUGAAAAGUGCACCAGGGACGUCAAUGAGAUGGCUCAGUUGCCCGAAGGUAUAACAGAAUUGCUGCAACAUAAAAAGCUCCACGUUCCAUUGAUCAUGUGUCUGAAUGUAAUUUUGCUAACUGCAACAAAUGAUGAUGAGUUAGACGAGCAGUGGGAUUUUCUGACUGAUUGUAGACAUAGUAACCAUCUACCAUUAAGGAAAUCUUUUGUAUCUAAGUAUUUGACAACCUGCCUCUCAGAUAUAGAGGUUUCCCAGCCGCUAUCCAAGCUUUCUUUUGAAUUUCCAGAUAUUUACAUUGGUUGUUACCGCAUAUCACGAACUGGGCCCCUUACAAUAACUUUUGAAGGGAAGGAUGAAAAGAUGGUAGAAGCAGCCAUGGAAGCAGUUUCAAAGACAUUAUCAUCUCAUUGAGGCUCUUCUUUUGAUCAACCAUGAAUUGGACAUCACUAGAGAUGGUGCAGGAAAGAAGGGAUUUUUGUUUGGAGAAUUGGAAAAGUGAUUGGUGAUGGAAGGAGAAAACAAUUGUAAAUGGAUAACUAGAAAUUCUAUUAAAUAAUACUCAUAAUGGCAAAAUUUCAGGAUAUUAUAUCAUGAAUACAUCAUUUUUGUAAUUGAAAUUUUAGUCCUGGAUUUUGUCAUAUUAGUUGAUAUUUUAACCAUAUAAAAUUCUCUCUCCUUUGUUUUU